AUGUCCAAAAACCCUGAUCACAUGGGAGAACAACUGAAUGGUACUGUUUUUCUGAUCAGUACUAAAUGUGCGAGCUGUAAAGAAUAUAUGGACUUUGUCAAUGAUCGAUUCGAUCCUGGGAGUUGUAAUAGUGUCGUAUUGGAUAAAUCGGGAUUGGGUGAGACUGAUAUAAGUUCUUUUAAAUUCGACAAAAUUCGAGGUAAAUCUCUCGUCAACCUGAAAGAAGCUUGUGAUAGAGACAGGAAGAAUCAUUCUGAUCGCUACAUUGAAAGUAAUGACGUUGCUGAGUUACAAAGUGGUGUUCAAGUUGAGGUACCCCACGGCCAGAAUCAGGAUAUCGAAACGAUGAGCCAAUCCAUUUCUGAUUCACAUUUAUACGCUGAUACUGCUGAAUUAUCUGCCAUCAAUCCUUGGCAAAGACGGUUUGGAAGUUCCAACACAGCAGAGUCUUUCGACCCAAGACGUACUCCCUUGAUUUCAGCAUCUCUUCGAUUUGCGCCACAAGUACCUCAACCCAGCACACUAACGCUUCGAGCUCCCGUGGACGUUUCGGGCCAAUAUGAGCUUCCUUACAACCCAUCGAGUGAGAUUCAUGAGGUUCCAGGUGAUUGUGAACGGGUGACGGAUUCCCAAGGAGGUGGUUAUUUCGAUCCCAGUUAG